GGUUUCUUUGAUGCUGAUGGUACUGUUACUAUCAACAAUACUAAUAAUCAGUUAUCUAUAUCUAUAAGUCAAAAAACAACUGAAUUAUUACAACCUUUAAUUGAUUUAUAUGGAGGUCAUAUUUAUAUUGAUAAUGGUAAAAUUAUAUCGCAUCCAGAAGUUUAUAUCUUAAUUAUACCUGGAUUUGGAAUAAUAUCUCAUAUAGUAUCAACUUAUAGUAAAAAACCUAUAUUUGGAGAAAUAGGAAUGUUAUAUGCUAUGGGUUCUAUUGGAUUAUUAGGAUUCUUAGUAUGA